AUGAGUCCUCCACUGCUGAAGCUGGGUGCUGUCCUCAGCACCAUGGCCAUGAUCUCUAACUGGAUGUCCCAAACUCUCCCAUCCUUAGUGGGACUGAACACCACCAAAUCCAGGGCUGGAAUGGAUCUGCAAAUUGAUAUAAGGCAGAACCCAAAAGAAGGGUGGCAAGUUUAUAGUUCAGCCCAAGAUCCUGACGGACGAUGCAUUUGCACAGUGGUUGCACCAGAACAGAACCUGUGUUCCCGGGAUGCAAAAAGCAGGCAACUUCGACAACUGCUAGAAAAGGUUCAGAAUAUGUCCCAGUCCAUUGAAGUCUUAAACUUACGGACUCAGAGGGAUUUCCAAUAUGUUUUAAAAAUGGAAACCCAAAUGAAAGGACUGAAGGCCAAGUUUCGGCAGAUUGAAGAUGACCGGAAGACGUUAAUGACCAAGCAUUUUCAAGAGUUGAAAGAAAAGAUGGAUGAGCUCCUGCCCUUGAUCCCAGUCCUGGAACAGUACAAAACGGAUGCCAAGUUAAUCACCCAGUUCAAAGAGGAAAUUAGGAAUCUGUCUGCAGUCCUUACAGGAAUUCAGGAAGAAAUUGGGGCCUAUGACUAUGAGGAACUGCAUCAGAGAGUGCUUAGCUUAGAAACAAGACUUCGAGACUGCAUGAAGAAACUAACAUGUGGCAAGUUGAUGAAAAUCACAGGUCCUAUUACAGUCAAGACAUCUGGAACCCGGUUUGGAGCUUGGAUGACAGAUCCUUUAGCAUCAGAAAAAAAUAACCGAGUUUGGUACAUGGAUAGUUACACUAACAAUAAGAUUGUCCGUGAAUAUAAAUCAAUUGCGGACUUUGUCAGUGGAGCUGAAUCAAGGACAUAUAAUCUCCCUUUCAAAUGGGCAGGGACUAACCAUGUAGUCUACAAUGGUUCCCUCUAUUUUAACAAGUAUCAGAGUAAUAUCAUCAUCAAGUACAGCUUCGAUACAGGGAGAGUACUGGCCCAGCGGAGCCUGGAGUAUGCUGGCUUUCAUAACGUCUACCCUUACACAUGGGGUGGCUUCUCUGACAUCGAUCUGAUGGCUGAUGAGAUUGGACUGUGGGCAGUAUACGCAACCAACCAGAAUGCAGGCAACAUCGUCAUCAGCCAGCUUAACCAAGAUACCUUGGAGGUAAUGAAGAGCUGGAGUACUGGCUAUCCCAAGAGGAGUGCUGGAGAAUCCUUUAUGAUCUGUGGGACCCUAUAUGUCACCAACUCCCAUUUAACUGGAGCCAAGGUUUAUUACUCUUAUUCCACCAAAACCUCCACAUAUGAGUACACAGACAUCCCCUUCCAUAAUCAAUACUUUCAUAUAUCCAUGCUUGACUACAAUGCAAGAGAUAGAGCUCUGUAUGCCUGGAAUAAUGGACAUCAGGUCCUGUUCAAUGUCACUCUUUUCCACAUCAUUAAGACUGAGGAUGACACAUAA